CAGCUGGAGAUCGCUGGCUGGUUCAAGCUGGACCCGCCGAUCAUAACGACGCCGUGACCUAUGCACCCAUCCAUUUACCUCGGUUGGACGAACACAAUGUGAUCGACUUCACAAAUGAAGGCGAUACCAAGUACAUUAUCACCGAACGUUUACAUAAUUCGCAACAAGCAAAACCUCAUCUAGUUUUGGGCAUUCAAAUUCUUAAUCCGAUACACAACGAGAGUACCGAGCAGAUUUCGAUAUACGACGGACAGAGUUUGUCGAGCCAAAUUCGUGUCUGGGACUUGCGAAAGGACUUGAUGAGCUUCCCAACGAUGAGUAAAACGCAUGGAAUUUUGCUGAGAUACGAAAGCGGUUCCAAUGCAAUGGGAAACGUUAUCAUCAUCAUAACAUCUACCACCGGAAAAUAUGACAUAAGACAGAAUCGAGCUAUUUACUUCGACUCGUUCCCAACCUUAUUGGUCACUGGCACACAUAUUAAAGAAAAUGGAUUCGGUAUUUGGAACUCCUACUACAAUAGCUAUCAGUCUGAAUUUGGUGACCAUUAUCUUCGUAAGAGUAACGAAACUCUGUGCAUCGUCGACUGUGACAUUUCGUACAAUCAGCAUGAGGUGCUUCUAGUCCAAUCGAAUAGUCUGAUCCUGGAUAAGUCUAAUAUGUCAGAAACAACUAUUAUUAUUAAUGGCACCACAAUAUCUAAAAAUGGUCGUGGACUUCGUCACUUCAGCAGGGAUCUGCGUAAUUCCAAUAAUCUGUUCCAUUGGUACAUGUACAAAAAUGUGAUCGAUCGAAAUGCUGGCGGUGGCUUCGAGGUGACUUUGCCUUACGUAUGGUCGUACAACGAAAAUUACACUCACUCUGUGGUGCUAGAAAAUAAUACUUGGAGCUUCAACGACGAUAUGGCUUUCAUUUUAGACGGCCAUUAUGCCCAGCUGAACAUGUCAGGCAACAUAUUCCAGAAUAAUACGUGCAAACACGGCCUAAUAUCCAUUCGUGGCAUGGAAAAAUCUAUGCGCAUUACCAGAAAUGUGAUAACGAAUAACCGAGGAGUUUACAUGGUCGAAUUCAAGGCAAACAGUCAGUCUGAGAUUCGAGGCGAACUGAAGGCUGUGUUCUUCGAAAAUACGUUGAAGAAAAACAUUCCACCCUCUCCCGAGACUCCAACCAGUUUAAUCGUUUUCGAUGGCAUUCAGAGGGUACGAAUUCGACGUAACUUGAUGUCGAAUAAUGGGCUAGCAUAUGCGUUGGUUGCUGGUGUGAAAACGGCUCGCAUAGACAGUAAAUUAGACAUUUCGGAGAACUGGUGGGGUACCAUUGACUAUGCGAAAAUCAAACGGCAGAUUUUUGAUUUCAACGACUGGAACGACCAUGCGUGGCCAUAUUUAGGCCUUAUUUGA